AAACCAUUUUACGCACUAUUAGCAUUGGGAAUGUAACUUUUUUCUCAAAUAUUAGGAUACUUUACGAUUUCUUAAAGCAUCUGUUGAAAAAAAAGCCCUCGUUUAGCGUGCACAUAUUGCUACAUGCAGAGAGCCCCUAUAGCUUCCCCUCCCAAUUCCUAAGAGAGUUUCUCUGGGGUGGCACUUAUCCCUCCCCCACUGAAUGUUUUUGCCCUUUUCGUAUGGUGUGCCAAUAAAAAAGCACGUGGACCAAUGACGAAACCCUUUCAUGGCCCCCGAGCUACUCGACUUCGUCGAACAUCACUCAUUCAUCACUGUUGGGACUGUCCGAGUAGAUGUGUUUUGCUUCUCUAUACAUUAGCUAGUUCUUGGAAAAAUUUCAAAAUCCUGUAUUCUGAAACCAGGGUUACAUGUAGAAGGCAAACAAGUUGAAUUUGUGUAGUUCUUCGAGAAAACCAACAAAAAAUAGCUCUCAUAUUUGCUGCACAAGGUGGCUCAACUUAUGUGGCUAAUCUAAAUCGCAAUAACUAUACAAGAUGCCAACGAAAAGAACUUCGGAAAAAAUAGUAGUUCUUCAGAACCUGAUCUCGUCCUGGAGACAAUUACUUUUCGUUCAACAAAUUUUCUGGAUAAUUUUGCUAUCUUACCUGGUUCCUACAGAGGGGUCAAGUUUAAAGCUCUCUAUUGGAUUUUUAGCUACUCCUCAAGAUCAUCUGUCGCUUCAGUCAGAGCAAGAAAUUAAAAAUGCUUUUGAAAUGGCCGUAGAUGAAGCUAAUGCACUUGGGCAGUUACCGGAAAAUGUAACUUUAUCGAUGACGUUCAAGACAGUGCAAGAGAACCAUUCUGUUUCAGUUGCACUAGAAGAGAUUAUGCGAUCAGGAGCUGUGACGGCGUUUGGUCAUGCUGACAUUUGCAACCUCCUCACCUCAGCAUUGAAGUCACGCGACAGAAUUGCUAUAUCUAACGUGUGUGGUGACGAAAAGCUGUCCAAUAAGGACCUCUUUCCAGCAUUCUUGCGCACUCGACCGCCUGAUUCACAGAUGGUCGAGUCCAUACUAGCGCUCUUGCAACAUUACGACUGGAAUAGCAUCUCCGUGGUGGUCGAAAACACCACGAAAUGGCGAGCAACGGCGCUUUCUCUCGAAAGAAGGACAGGACAUAAAGAGGGUCUUGCUGGACACAGACGCAAUAUAACAACGAUUCAUAGAAUUUAUUUUAACGAUAACAGGUUAUGUUGCGCACUCAAGCAACCCUGUUGCUACGUGGCAUGGUCACAUGAUAUUUUCCAGAAAAUUAAAUCUUCGACAAAACUUUUCAUUUUCUUAGGAGAAAAAAUAUCUUUGCGGAAAUUCGUUCAAGCAAUUGAAGAUUUGGAACAGUGGCGGGCAAACCAAUACCUCGUCAUCUCUUGCGAUUCAGAGGCUUACAUCGCCUCAUGGGGCACUAAUUUCCUACAGCCCCCAAGAGAAAUCGAGAAAAUGAUGGACGAAAAUAAUAAUCGUGAUACCGGUAGUGUUCUAACAGAAUCGAGGAAAUUUAACGCUUACAGCAAACUGGUUGAAAACACUUGGUUACCCAACACACCGCAGACUCCAAAACAUACGUAUUCCAACGAACUUAAAGCUAAAACGAAACCUGGAAAUAUUAUGAUUAUCCGCAACAUUGCAAACGAGCAGCUGAAAUCCUUUACGCGACGACUUCGACUGUAUUCCAGCCAAAAACACCCAAUAGACGAGGAUGUGGUGUCCUUGCUACCCUCAUCCAUUUACGCUGCUUACGCGUACGAUGCUAUCAUGGUUUAUACGCAGGCUCUGGCUUUUCAUGUUAAGAAAAGUGGCUCAAGUAGAAAUAGCGUAAUGGAAGCGGCCUUGAACGGGUCACUCCUAUUCAACACUAUUCUGGAAAUUCAAAACUUCUCAAGUAAGCUAUUUAUAAAUCGCCUUAAGCAGAUUGUUGAUAAAGCCAUUGUUGCAGGUGUUCGAGGAGGAUUUAUUUCCUUUAAUGCAAAUGGAGAUACCGAAGACAGCUACAUCGCUGUGGGCUCUUCAGAUUUAUUUCCACCAAAACCCAAUUCAUCCGCAGACGGCCACACAAAUGUGAUGGUUCCCUUUGGCCAUUUUCGUGGAACUAUGUUUCACCAGACUGCUGAGUUGAAUCACACACUUCACGCCCGUUUUGCCGGUUCUGAAAGCAAUUUCGAAGAUCAAGUGAUUUAUGACGUUGAAUUACUCAACAACAACGUUAAUAUGACCAUAAUUGUGGCCCAUCUGCUCACUUUGGCUGCAAUGGUAUACCUAUUCACACAUCAAGCUAGAAAACUAGCGGCAAAAAUGGACAUCCUCACAAUCAAAGUAGCCAUAUCGACUGACGCGGAACUUAGUUCUCACCUUCUAGAAGUGAAACAGAUGCGUGUUAUGAAUUAUCCUGUGCACCCAAAUAAGGUAGUUGACGACUGGCGAAUGAAAGUCUGGAACAAAUCUAUCAAAUGGACUUCACCGUGGCCAGCACUCGAUUGUGAAACUAUCGGAGAAAUCCGUCAGAUGUGCAGACUUCAGCACGAUAACAUAAAUCCAUUUAUAUGCACCAUUGUUGAACCUGCUCGGAUAUGUGUCCUAACUGAAUUUCAGUCACGGAAAAGUCUCAUGGACGUUCUAUCAACCUCUAAUAACGAUUUAAACUAUAAAUUGAUUGCUUCCCUUGCGCUUGACUUGGUCAAAGGCAUGCUCUACAUUCAUAGCUCCGAUUUACGCUGUCAUGGAAAUCUAAAAUCUGCGAAUUGUUUGCUCGAUUCAAAUUGGACUCUUAAAGUAACAGAUUUUGGCUUACACAAAUUACGGAAUGCUGCCAAAGACCCUAGCCAGAACGAAAGAGACCAUUAUUUUGAUUUACUAUGGACAGCCCCUGAAAUCUUACGUAACCCAUCCUUAACGGGCACACCCGAAGGUGAUGUCUAUUCUUUCGCCAUCAUUCUGCAUGAAAUGGUCUGUCGACAAGGUCCUUUUGCUAUCUGCUAUGACCUCGGUGAUUCUGCAAGAAUCAUCAAUCAAAUAAAGCAUACUGUUCGCGGAUGUCAAAUUCCAGCACGGCCCCCCAUUGAGAGUUUAGACUGUCGCCUGGCCUACAUGUUCCCCUGCAUGGUUGAUUGCUGGAUUGAAGAUCCCAAUGAACGUCCUAAUUUCUCCUCUGUCCUUAACUAUUUGACGAAAGUAGGUGGGACCAGCACGGAUUUUACGUAUAAAAAAAUGUUAGUGUCAGAAGACGUGUGCAUAGAAGAGGAGAAGCGCGCUUUAGAAGAUGAAAUUCAACAAAUUGACGAAGUGCUGCAUCGCAUUAUUCCCAAAUCAGUAGCUAACUGUUUGGCGAAUGGAAUGCCGGUAGAAGCGGAGCUAUGGGAGAACGUGACUGUCUUUGAAGCUGACUUGGUGGGAUUCACAGAAAUAGCAUCUGAAACUACACCGCUAGGAACCAUGAUCCUUUUAGACGAUGUUUAUACCUUGUUUGAUUCCAUCGCCAGGGGCUACGAUGUUUGCAAAAUAGGAACGAUCGGUGAUGCCUACAUUGUGGUUUCAGGUAUACAGCCCACGCGUGGGAAGAAUUCUGCUGGGGAAAUUGCCUCUAUGGCUUUAGAAGUGGUGGAAAAAAUGAAAGGAUCCGGAAUCGGACAUCGAGGCAAGCCACUAGUAGUGCGAAUCGGCGUUCAUACAGGUGACCUGGUAACGGGAGUAGUGGGCAGUACUAUAAUGCCUACCUAUUCCAUCUUUGGCGACACGGUGUCUGUAGCGUCACGAUUGGAGUCAACAAGCUCAGAACUGCGCAUCCAGAUUAGUGAAGCCAGUUAUCAAGAGUUGCAGCAAAUUGGAGGCUACAUAACUGAAGAGCGCACUGAUAGAAAUGACGCUGCAGAAUCAUUGAAAACAUAUUGGCUGAUCGGAAAAACGUCUAAAGCGGUGCAAAGAAGAGAAAAAGAUUGUUCAAGCGUGAAAUCUCUUUGUAAUCGGCAGUCAGUCAUAUCUCUGACAAGCACCGAUAUCUACAUCGAUCACUCGAUUGACGACGAUCCGUCAAAUCUAAGUUCCCCAUAGAAAGCUGUCAAGUCACCAAACAGUCUCAGUUUUAAACCUAAGGUUUGUUAGCUAUUAUCGGUCACCUCAUCCCGUCUUACAGAUUCCCGCCCUUUUUUGCAAACAUGUUGUUCUGAUAUAUCCUCGACGUCUUCAUGGCGGGAUAUUUGCUAUUGUCCGUAUCGGGCAUUGUGUAACCUGAGAUAUUUCAAAAUCAUGCCAGAAUGCUAUGUUUGACUCUAUCCUGUCGACCUCCAGCAAAGCAGAAGGAUAUUUUAACAACUCUGAUUUGGAAAGCAUUGGUUAGCUAAUAUUUUGAUCACGUGAUCUUUGUUCUUUGCCUCAAUGUGUGAUGACAUGUAACUACUGAAUGUCUGUUUUUCCGUGACUGAGAGCUAUUGCGUAUCUAAAAGCCGGUUCUUCCUAAUCAGCAUGCAUGGCAGGCAACAUUUCCUUUUACAAUCAGCGAAAUAUAUGCAAAAGUGUUUCCAAAAAUA